AAACUCUCACAUCCGGUUCUGUAGUAGAGAUGGAAUAAAUAAAAAUCCAUCAACUAUAACCCCAAAAGAACCAGAUUCCGUAAACAACAUAGAGGAAGAAUGAAGGGAAUAGCUUCUCGAGGGAAUCAUAUUUGUUUCGGUAAAUAUGCGCUUCAAGCACUUGAACACCGCUUGGAUCACAUCUAGACAAAUAGAAGCUGGGCGACGGGCUAUGACACGAAAUGCACGUCGUGGAGGAAAAAUAUGGGUACGUAUAUUUCCCGAUAAACCAGUUACUGUACGACCCGCAGAAACACGUAUGGGUUCAGGAAAAGGAUCCCCUGAAUAUUGGGUUGCUGUUGUUAAACCCGGUCGGAUACUUUUUGAAAUGGGUGGAGUAACAAAAAAUAUUGCCAGAAAAGCUAUUUCAAUAGCAGCAUCAAAAAUGCCGAUACAAACUCAAUUCAUUAUUUCGGAGAUAGAAUAGACGAUAUAACUCUAG